AUGGAAUUACAACAACACAUAUGUAUUUUCGGUGCAGGGCCCGCAGGGUUUGCCCUUGCCGCAGACCUCAUCAGCCAAGGAAAGCAGGUCCUGAUAUACUCGCAUCCAACUCACAUGCGCCAGGCCAGCGCAGUUGUUAGAAAUGGUGGACUUGAAAUCAGCGGAGCCAUAGAAGGCUUUGUACGGAUCCCAAUAACUACAAAUAUGGCUGAAGCACUCGAGUUCUCCUCAGUUGCAUUCCUUACCGUGCCGUCCACCGGCCAAGAGACAAUCCUACAAGAAAUGGAAGGAUACGACUUACGCCACCACACUCUCAUCGCCGUCCCCGGAAACCUCCUGUCUUUUAUCAAAAACGUCAGCGUGGAAUUUGGCAACAUACUAGAAACCAACCUAUCGCCCUACUCAUGCCGGAUGAACGGUGGUCGCCUCCACGUGCUGGGGCGCAAAAAGCGCGUCAUGAUAGCGGCGCUGCACAACAAUCACAACCAAGACGCCGCAGCAACGACGCAGUUCCGCAACGCAGUGCAGGACCUGUUCCCGGCGGGCGUGGCGCUGCAGUGGUGCCACAACGUAGUGGAGGCGUGCCUGGCCAACAUCAACGGCGUCUUCCACCCCAUCAUGAUGCUGAUGAACGCCGGCCGCAUCGAGAGCACCGGCGGCGAUUUCCUGCUGUAUCGCGACGGUCUGACGCCCGCCGUGGCGCGCGCCAUGCUGGCCAUCGACGGCGUGCGCGUCGCCAUCGGAACCGCCCUGGGUCUGCUCGUCCCGUCCACGCUGGACGUGUCCAACGCGUGCUAUGAGCAGGACUUUGCCACCCUCGUCACCCUGGCGGAGCAGUCGCCGCCGCACAACCGCCUGCGCGCCCCGGCAGAGUUUGCCGCCCAUCGCAACAUCUCAGAGGACGUGCCGGAUCUGCUGGUGCCGUGGUGCGCGCUGGCGGAGGCUUUGGGCAUCGAUGCCUCGCCAAUCGCCGCGGUUAUUCUGCUGGCUGAGAUGUCGACGGGGGUGGACUUUAUGGAGACGGGGAGGAAUUUGAGAAAGUUGAAGCUGGAUACUUUGUCGCGAGGUGAGCUUGUUGCAAAGUUUAGUCCGCCUGUUGCGCGGUACGAGAGCAGGCUGUGA